AUGCCAUCACGUAACCGCCAGGCCAGAGAGUCCAUCACCCGCACUAACCCGAUCGAGCACGCGCCCCUGAUUAGCCGAUACGAGUACGGCCUCAACGCCAAACCAUUCUCAGCGCCUCUCCGGCCGUGCAUUUCCAACCCAGCAUUGCGCUCCACGGCCUCUGCGGAAGCACCUGAUUUCCGCCCGUCUUUCUUCCCAGCCUCAGCGUCGAGAGAAUCUCGGGCCUCAGCUUCGCCCGGCAGCAGCUGUCCUGCGCCGACCGGCUGCGCCGUUUCCGCCUUUCCCACGGCUUCGUACGAGCUCCAGGCAAUUUCCACCGCGACCGGCCCGCCCUCCCUAGGCGCGCAGGCAGCUUCUCGCUUGGACACCUCUGUUCCAGCCUCAACCUCAGCCUCAGCCUCGGCUGCUGCUACUGCUGCUGCUGCUUCGGCCUCUCACCAGCCUGCCCUUCCAGGACCUUCCAAGGCGCCGCAUAAUCCCGUCUUGCAUAAGCGGAACCAGCACUCCAUCUUCCGCACUCUCGCAACAUCAGCCGGUGCCCCAACUCGCCUUCAGCGCCUCUCUUCUGCGCGACUGUGGAAUCCCACAAACUCAACGCCCAGGUCUCCUGCCAACUCUCACAAGCGGCGCCCUUCCAGUCCAAUUGAGACGCCCGUCCGGCUGCAACACCCGGCCCUCGACCAGUCAACCAACACUGCCGAUCUCAACGUCACUGGCGCUGGCGACUAUCCUCUGCUGACGCUCACCGAGCAUAGACAGGCGAGGCACUCUUCGUCAACACCCAUCAGCUUUCAGUUCGACUUGAGCGGGACCGAGAACAAGCGCAUCAGCUUGCCUAGUUCAGUCCGCGCUUCGUACGACGAAAGGCGCUUACAAACCCUCUCUCCAACCCGGUUUGAUCGCCAGAGUAGAGCCAGCGGCGAUUUCACCAGUGAAUCGCCGCCGCCCACCAAAACGCCAAAGGCCGACAAGGGCAAAGGCAUCAUGGUGCCCGACAAUGAUGAAUCGGGGCAAUCCUACUCCAGGGACCUGGAGCGAGGGCCUGAUGUAAUGGACCACCGGCGCUUUUCCAACAUAUCAAUUGGGGACGGAAUAGGGUCUGCCAUCUCAUCAUCCAACUCGUCAAUCAUGGGCGAAGAAGUCCAGCCGGACCUAGGAGAAUCGUGGGGACCGCAACACCCUUGCUUCCCUCACUUGAAUCCCCAUGUACCACCAGAUUCUGCAGAAUAUGCCAAGACGCGGAUCAUCCGAAUUCGCCGCGACUGGCUUCUCCAGGGGGACCUCGCUCCUACGUUUUCGAAUCUGUACCCCGAGAUCUUGGAUCCGGCCGGGAUCCCCGAGCCUGAAUUCCGCCGCAUCAUAGACAAGCUCAACAAGGAACUGAUACCGGCCUUUGAUCCCUACAAUCCCCGCAAUGUGAUGGAUGCAUUCUUGGGACUUGUUACUGGAUGGCUAUGGGACGACUUUGGCAUGACGGGCAUCAAGUCUCGACUGAACCACUUGGAAGCGUGGAUUGAGAAUUGGAAUCGGGAGAAGGAAAAGACUACGUCUUCUGAAGAGGGCAUUUUGCCGCCAAAACUCAUUUCGCUCCGACGCACGGGGUACAUGACUCUGGAUAUACAAAUACCAGAUCCGGAGAUUGCCCCAGCUCCGAGUAGCACAGGCGCUGCCGAGUCAAUCGCAGCUCUGCCUAUGGAGCCGGCGCCGGUGCUCGUCGCAUAAACAGCAAAUGCG